UGAAUCGUAAGACAGAAAAAUUGGCGAGCAGCGCACGCGGUGGUGGAAAAUCGUGGUGGAUCCUUGGAACGACGAUCGGUCACGAGGGAUUCGAAAGUUAUCGCGACUCAUGGUCGCGCGGCAACUCUCCACUGGCGGAUCCACUUUGGCUUUUUCGUUUUCGUCGCUUUAAGUUCGCGUAAAGUAACCGGUGUGGCGUGGUCCAGUGUCACACGCACGGAGGUCGUUAGCUGUUUUCCUUUUACCCUCGCGUCGCUUUUUGCGCACAUCGCGUUCCGUUCGAUUGUUUGUCAGCAAACCGGGAAGUAGAAGAAUCGCGGUGUGAUAGCGGGUCUUGCCAGGUGUUUCCUCGCGGUGCGUGCGACGAACGUGCGUGCUCGUGGCGAACAACGCGACACGUAUCGGUCGUGCUGUUACUCGUGUGUAGUGUGCACGAGCCAACUUUCGCGAACGUAAUUAUACGUUGCACCGAUUCUUCGGAGUGGUGAGAAGCAGAAGAAGAAGAAGGAAGAGAAGGAGGAGGAGGAGGAGGAGGAGGAAGAAGAAAAGGAGGAGAAGAAGAGAAGAAGAAAGGGGAGAAGAAAGGGGAGAAGAAAAAAAGUAGUAUCUAGUAGCGAUGACGUUACCGAUGAUAUCUCAUUGCUGACCGAAAGAAGAGUAUUUCGCGAGAAAGAAGUACGCGCGUGAUUACGACCCUUGGCGACUCCGGAAGGAUACGCUCUCCCACGGCAGUCAGGGGGAGGGAGAGCCGUCGAGCGAAAGAGAAACGGUGAUAUAGAAGAAGACAGAGAAAGAGGGGGAGGAGGAGGAGGAGGAGGAGGUGGUGGUGGAGCCGUGGUAGAGAGGGAGGAAGAGAAAGAGAGAGAGAAACCCGUUAAGGCGGUACGAGUAACGUGUCGGUGGAAGUUCUUGCGAUUGAUAGAGGGACUAAGAGAGAGGGAUAGAGCCAAGUCGACGAAGGUAAUCGGUAGCAUCAACCUGCGUGCCUCGACAAAACCGAUUAAAGACGAGCGAGCAACGAUCCUUUCGCCUGCUUUGUCGCUAAUUCAGUGUCGUCGUUCGCCUUUUCGUUCGGUUACCGGCUGCACGACCGAUCUUCAGCCAGGAUCAUUCGCAGUGUAACGAGUACCCUCGGCGAUAUCGGGCACAGGAAGCCUCGACGAUCUAGUCGGUCGUUUGCAUUCAGGAUCCAUCGCACGUCGCCUCGAUGCUACCUCGUAAACCAAUUCCGUGGUUCCCUAUCUUCGCGAACAAGCCGUUCUGACUGGCGCGCGUCGUCGAUCUUCUGGUUCGCGUUGACGAGCGACACGGAUCGUCCGUCGACGAGAUCGAGUCCUCGUCGAUUAGUUCGUGGAGGAUCGGUGUUGGCCGCGGUAGAAUCGCAGCCACGGGGGUCCGCAAUAAUGCGAGAGUAUCGGAAACGCGGUAAAUGGACGAUAACGGCGGGCCAGUUGCUGCUACAUCUUCAGUGUUCCGAGAGAAUCUUGUUCCAGCGGUGGCUGUGUCCGAGGCAAAAGUAAACCAACGAGGAUGAGGUGGACUUGCAUCGUGCAGCUGAAUUUUCUACGCUCGUGUGAUUCCCUCUACGAUCCGUCGAAUUGCCUGCCGUGUUUUUGAUUUAAUCCAUCGAACGACGACAACGACCACUAUAACGACAAUAACGAACGAGCAGAAAUUUCAAGACGCAAACGAAUCUUCUAGGAAAAGCAAACGAAUUAUCGAAAGAAAGAAAAUAGCAAGAAGGAGAAGAAGGAGAAGAAGAAGAAGAAGAAGAAGAAGAAAAAGAAGAGAAACGAGAAAGAAGAAGGAAAAGAGAAGAAGAAAAAAAAAGAAGAGGAAAGUGAAAGAGAUAUUAAGAUAAAAGCGUGAAGAAAGUGGCGUGUAGAUAAGAAGGAGGGCUCGGAAAGGAGUGUGGAUGAGACCGUCAUGCCCGCUGAGAUCGACACGGGCGGGCCAAGGGUGCUGCACUGUGAUUACCGUGCCGACUGCCCGAUACCAAUCGUAGCGUCAGUUUCCACCGAGUCUUCCUUGUGCGGCGAGAAUAGAGUUGUCGGAACGUUGACGAUCGUACGACGACUUCCGCGGAUCGACGAAAACCAAUCGCUCGAUAGCAAAGCCGUCGAGUCUCGUCGUUGCUUUGGUUUCUCCUUUCGUCGAACCGGCGACACAUCGUCGUCCAAUCGUUCCGGAUUCCGAGGUUUUCGACGAGCAGAGCCGCGUAAUAUCGCGUUCGACCAUGUUUCCAAUCGUCAUCGGCAGCCGUCGAGCGACGCGCUGUCGUGUACGAUUCGACGCGAGAACGUGCAUUAUCGUGAAAAUAGUUUCUAUCCGGUGCAACCGGAAUCGCGACUCGGCGAUGCGAUCGUCGUGGACCGGUCGCCGAUCGACCAAGAGGCGAUAACGGAGACACGAUCGGGACAAGACGAGUAUUCGGUAGAACGCGAAACGAACCGGAGACUCGAUUCGACGAGGCUUCCGGUGCCUUCGAGCAAACACGAAAACGAUACGGGUCAUAGUGGUGGACAUCGGCAUCGGCACCGAAGUCACGAACGAGAAAGCGAAGAAGAAGCCAACCGCUGCUCGAAACGUUGCGGCCUGUCAACCGCCACUCGCAAUUGGCCGCGGUAUCGUCUCGCCAGCCAUGUCCCAAUAGGGAAGUCAGCAGCGCGGUUCUCUAGUCAGUCGAACGACCCUUCGAGAUCGGGCGAUCGGACGAGGUACGAGAAGUUCGUAUCGACGCCGAGCUCGCUCCCGUCCUUGGCCGAUGAAACGUGGAAGGAAGUGGACGACGCGACGAAUUCCUGGAGUAGCGAGUCGCGCGUCACCAAGGUCGUGGCGAGUACCGAUGCCCAGUGCCGGCAGACCGACUUUCCUUCGUUCGAUCACCAGGAGUCCUUGACGAGAAGUGACCGUGGAACGAGGAAGAAGAAACGCGUGUGCUCUAACAACCGUUCAACGUACAUUCAGUUAGCGUUACUGUUGUUCCUCGUCGCGUUCGGACAGUGCGGACUUCGUAAAUCAAGUGUGGUUAACUACAGUGCGAAACCGAGUACAACCGGGUUGAGUGUGUUGACGAUCGGUACAGUUAUCAGUGCAGUGAGUGCCGCCCCGGUUGAUUUAAUGGGUGACGCCGGCGUGAGGGCAGAACGAUCAGCCAAUUUGUCGCACAUCACUGGCGCUUCCAGGAAAAUCCAGAUGUACAUCAAGAAUCGGCAUUUGCAGAUCCUGCCAGAUGGCACGGUAAACGGUUCCAACGACGAUACUUCGGAUUACACAAUAUUUCAACGAACGUCUGUAUCCAGGGGUCAACUGAGGAUCCAAGGUGUCGCGACCUGUCUGUACCUGUGCAUGGAUUCCUGUGGUCUUCUGUACGGCUCGCGCGAGUACACGGACGACUGCGUGUUCAACGAGACAUUGGAACAGCACAAUUACAACACCUACAGCUCGGCGAAAUGGUCGACAGCGAAGAAAACCUUGUACCUCGGAUUGAACCGUCGUGGCCAGCCGAGGAGGGUACAGGCCAAGGGUCACAAUUUGGGUAGACUGUCCGCCUACGCGCGGGUAUUAACUCAGGUCGCUCCUUCGGACCGAGUGGAGGCUCUUCAAAGACGACUGUUGGGAGCUCAACACAACGUUCGUCAUCGGCAUAACAGUCAUCGCGGCGAUUUGAUUCAGCAAUCGCUCUGUCCCACUCUUCCGGUACAGGAAAAGGAUGGCAGAGAUAAAUUCAGGUGUCGCAAGCGAAAAAAGAGAAAGAAGAGGAAGCGAAGGUGCAGGCCAGGCGAGAUGCCAGGUCCGCAGUGCCAAAUGGUGGAGGAGAACGGGAAGGGUGUGAUAGUUUCGGGCAGAAACGAGAGCCUAACUUCGAACGGGACUUCGUUAGAUUCGAAGAGAUCCUGCGAGGGUGCUGCGAGCGAGGAAGCCUGUCGGAGAGAGGCGCUUUCGGUUCCAUCCAAGAAACGGAAGCUACGGGUCGACCAGACGAGAGGAGGAAUAUCGUCGGCUGGCGGCAGGAACAUCGCUACGGGCAGAAACGUGGACACGAGCAGGAACGUCACCGCGAGCAAAGUGGUCGCUGGAAGUAGGAACGUCACCGCGAGCAGCAACGGUGAGAGAAAAGCACCAGCGUCAAACUCAAAAAAAGUAAAAGCUGCUGGCAGCAUGAGUCAAAGUAAAAAGCCCAAUUUGACAGAUGGGAAGAGAAAGAGGAAGAAGGGGCCAGCAGCGGCAGCGGCAGCGGCGGCGGGCAGGAGGAACUCUACGGUACCACUGGUCCGGAAGAGAUUCAAACCUGGCAAAGUGGACACCACGUCUGCGGUGCCCACGACAACUCUCGCAUCGACCUCCGUAACGUCCUCCUCCUCCUGGUCGUCUCCUGGUACGUCAAUCGCCCCUUGAGGGGAGCGAGUCUCGUCUAGGCGCAGGACCACAAGCCGUCUUCCUCGUCGAGGAACGUGUCCGUUGGUUCGAAUGGUACCGUGAGUCCUCCUAGAAUAAAGAGAACGUUCGGUGGAAAUCGCACGGAAACGAUAAAUCGGGUCGCUUUUUACAGCGUCGCAGCUCGAAAGAAUCGGCGGUGACCGUGAACGUUCCUGAGAUCGUUUUCGAUCGAUAUUCUCCGAAAUUCGAGCCCGUCUUACCGUGCAACUGUCCCGGACGAAGGAUACCUCGAGAUCGUUGUCCAAAUUCUUACGCUAUGGCCACGACGGACGAGCGUUCUGACCGACUGCCGUUUCCAACGAAUACGUUGGAGCAAUCGAUAUCGCUAGAUAAUCGAGAAGAGGCUGUUCUACGCGUGAACGUAAAUGUUGAAAAUGUAUAAUAAAGUUUCAAAGUAUCGAUUUUCAGCAAAUACGCGGGGCAAAUUUUCAGACUCUAUCUUUUCUUCAAAACGUAGCCUUAAACGACAAUGCGUAGAUUCUUACGAGUAAUAUACGUUUCGAUCAUCGGAUAUUCUAUUUCUCUGAAUGACAAUUCGAACGGAACACGAAUCCAUCGUAACGAUAUCCUUGCCCGUCGACGACCAACACUCGUCUUCGACGACGUUUUCGAACGACUAUUACGCGACUAUUACGAUCGAUACAUCGAACGUUCGCCAUCUCGAUCGAAGCAACGAUCGAAAUGACAAUCGGCGGCGCGUUAGACCGUGCGAGAAGAAUAAGCCGGUGGAAGGAGUCGACGAUGCGUACGACAGCGAAAGGUUCGACACGCCGGAAACUGUAUCUAUAGUUAUACAGUCGAGCUCCGGGGAUCCCACUCGAGAGACUGGCCAUGCGAGGCGGUACACGCGAUCGCCUUGGGCCAGGCUCGACCGCGUUUCGCGGCGAUCAAUGUAAACUUACGUGUACAUAGUAAUCAUGCUACGUUUACGAUUAACAACAUACUCCACAUUUAUGUAUGACGAUUGCGUGCGCAUGAAAUGUUCCCCGCGGAAAACUGUCGGUGUUUCGACCCCGCGAGUGGCUUCCAAUCGAAAGAAAUUCGAGGAUCAAAGGAUGUUCCACUUUUUUUUUCGCAAUAAGCAAGAUACUCUGUGGACGAAUGCUUCGAUCUCUUACGCUUCCAAGUAUCUCUUCUCCGUACGGUGAUCCGACUAAAAAGAUGCAAAUUUUCAAAUUUCUUAACUUUACGCGAUGAUCAAACACUUUUGAUUUAUGUAAAAGAGAGCUUGCGGAAGUGACGAGUUUCGCUUUUCAUUAAUUCCUUAAUUUCAUCAACGCAUACCUAACUACGAUACGUUCGUCGCAACAAGACAAUACGAAUCGAACGAUGGUAAAUUUAGCAAAGACGAUGUAUCAUCCCUUCUCUGUAUUCUUCGAUCUAACGGAGUUUAUCAAUGUGUUUCGAGCGGCUCGUGUAUAGAAUCUAUAAAAAUCAACGCUAAGCUUCGUUAACUCGGAUCAGAAGAAAAAUAAAAUCUCAACCUUACACAGUUAACAUCGAAUUCCAUUGGAGAAACACGCCUUGAACACGGAAAAAGAACCUUCGAAAGACACGUGCCUGUCGAGACAACGUCCCAUUAAGUCGAAUCCCAAUUCGCUUCGAUUCCAAGCUGGUUUCUGCUAAGAAAAAGGCACGCGGUGUUUCGCGAAUAAAAGGAAGUUGAAAAGUAGAACGUUCUGUCUGGUGGAUGAUAUGGGAAGAAAGAGGCGCGUGUUGGCCGAGAGAGAGACGUAAUUAUCGUACGAGAAGGGAUGUGGUCAUGCGGUGGCAUAAAAUAGCGGCGAGGCCGUGUAACGAGCACUAAACUCGAGUUUUAAUCCUCGAAGCACGAUUCUCAGCUGAUCUCGCGAGCAACGGUGCGGCCGCGUUCCGCGAUCGUUCGCGAGUGUAGUCAAUGAUCUAAUUACGCUGAACGGGCAGCCAUGUACGUGGUUAUUUUCUUAAUGGCGACUCCACGGUCGAUUUCUCUGCUCCUCGUAAUUCCAUGUAAACGUUUUCUACGAUCGGUCGCAUGGAAAUCAAUGAAUUUGUUAAUUCGUCUCGACCAAACCUUGUUUCUGCCGAUACAACUUCCGCUUCCCUCUAAUAAGCAAAGUCACCGGCCAAACACGCCAACUAAUGUGUUUACGCAUUAAUUACGAUAAUGUUAGAUAUUAAUUACGAUAAUCUUUGAAAUGCACGCUCGUUAUAAUAACACGCCUCGUACAUGCCGCGGCAUCGGGACCCCUCCCCCCCCCUCUCUCUCUCACUCUCUCUCUCGUUAGAUGUUUUCGUAAUUUUUGCAAUUUUCGCCAUCUUCCAGCGUAUAUUCCAUCGAAUCUCCUCUUGGAUUAUAAGUAAAUCAGCCUACACACGUCGAGCCAUGUUAAUAUGCACGCAUCGACUUCUAGGCUUCGUAAAACCGCGUUAAGAUAGGCUUUUACUUAUUAACCGAAACGAUAUAUUGAUUUUCGAUCGAUGCAUGCUUCGAAUACCGAUGUAUCGAUACCGAUCUACCGCUUGACGAACCAAGGCUGAGGUUUCUAACGUGCAUAUCCACGCAGGUAAGAGGCAAGAGAAACCUGAUAUCCCAGGCGCCACUCUUCUACAGUCCCGCGUAAUACUUUGCCCUGAUUCCACUACUUUUCUUCGUCUCUCCUUAUCCACGUAAUUCGUUGUAAAAAUCGUACGUUAAAAUUUAGCAACUAAAUUUCAUAGAUCACGGAGCGCACAACAGCAACAAGUUCAAUGAUACAUGAAACGAAUCUUUGCAAACGAAUUCGACGAACUAACGGUAGCUUAGCGUGCGAGAUAAUGGAUUAAAAGUACUUUAUAAAUGCCUUUCUAUCGAAACAAUUCUACGCAGAAACAUCACCUUUGUUCGGUCAAACUGUACGUAUACCGUAACCUGCAUCGGGAAUGCCAGAAGUCGAUACGCGCGUCGUAAGAUGCCUCGCGAGCUAUGUUAAGCCGUUUAGGAGUUUCUCUCUCGUCUCGACUCAUCAACCUGGGAAGUCGCGAGGCACGGUGAAAAGGAAAGACACCUUGAACAUUAUCAACGAUACGUUGUCGUGAUUAGCUGCGACAAAAUAAUGACUCGCAAUAAGAGAUGUAACGAUGGUAGUAUCAGGCGAGGAAUACGGGAAAUGAGACGAUACGCGUGAGAGAUGCAACAUAAAUGAAACUAGUUGGACGAUCGACCGAGACAUCGCUGAGAGGAGACUCGAAGAUAAUAUAAUCGAGGAAAUUAAGAGGAUGAUUAUUAGGUGAGAACCGCGUGCGAUCCUCGUAAUAGUUUCGAUUUCGCGGUACCUUCCUGCGCAAGAUGAGAUCGACAGACACAUUUUUUCCCUUUCGCGUCGUUCGAAAGAGAUUCGCGUGUCGUGUUCCUAUUUUUCUUUUUCCUAGAGCGAACGCGUUUGUAAAAAUCGACGCUUUCACGGCGAGACGUGAAAAUGUUCGACUUUUGUCGCCUCGCUGUAAUCGCGCGUUAAAUCGCUCGUUUGCUGCAACAGCCACGUAACUCAAAACUCGCGAUUCAAAGGGAAUUUAAAAGGUUUGAACGCUUUCGGUCGUUGUAAUUUCGCGAAUCGCGUGAAGUUGACGUAAUAAGAGAGGUGGCGAACUUGUACGAAAAUAUCGUAAUAGUCUCAUUCGGAUAAAUUCGCAUUUACCUUUAAAGUUAUCUCCGUUUACUCCGCGAUGAAGAUUUAUUUAAUAUUAUGUCGUAAUUGUGAAAAAAUACUCUUAACAAGAAGCCAUGUAAUUGCAAUAAUGUCGUAAUAAUACAAGGAUACUCUUUACUUUAAAGAACUUUAUAUUUCUAUCGUCACGAUACGAUUAGAAUAGGAGCCAACGUGAAAACGCAACAGCGAUACGAGUAUUCUCGCGUGGUAAAUUUUAGCGGCUCCACUUGCAGGAUUCGAUCUGUAAAAGAUACGAACGAUCGUUUCUUUUUUCUUUUCUAAUAACUUAAAAACUGCAAAUUUGUAAGUACGUCGUUGUUACAGCAAAUCGGAGAAAUGUAUUUGGUUGGUGAAAAAAUGAUGUCGGUUUCGUGCAUUCAAGUAUAAAUUGAUUCACGUGUUUCUGUCUUGCGUAAUUACAUUCGUCGUUCAUACUCGUCGUUUUGUACGAUUAUUCCAUCACCUGGGAAUCUUCUCUAUGGCAUCUUUGUAGAAAAACAACCGAGUUCGAUGCAGAAAAUACGAGCUAAAUUUUUUAUUUUUCUUCUAUCCAAAAAAUUUUACAAUGGUCGAAACGGGUGAUAGAGUUUUGAUAGUGCUACGUCUAGAGUUUAAAAAAUAGGGAGGCUAAGAAAGAAUCGCAAAUAGUUGCAUUUACGCGUCUCCAGAUUCGUAUUUACCGCGUGUCUAACCGUUCGGUUAAACGAGCAGCGUUUCCUCGACGCUGAACAUCGUCGCUCGAAACUAUUUCUCUUAGCGCGACGAAGAACCGACGUUAGAUUGCCAGAAACCUAAUGAAAAGAUAAAUGAAAAUCAUUAGAGGGAAGCGUAUUCCGAUCGCGAACGAUGGAUGUGUUCGAACGAGGCAAUAAUAAUAGUAAAGGAAUAUCUAUGUAAUUCCAGGAGGAAGAACGGUUUUCGAACCAAGUUCUGUAAGGUUUUUAAAGAAGGGGACGAAUAAUUUUGUACGACUCGUGUAAAGAGAUUUAAAGUAUUAAAUUACUGAGAAAGAGAAGUAUUAAAACAUUUAUAGAGAUAUUUACUCGUAAAGUUAACGUUAAGGUAAACCGAGCGUUUGUUAUUGUCUAACGAUGGGCAACACCCAACUGCCAAAAAUGUCUAAUUCUACGAUAAGAUCGAUCGAUAGACUUAACGAGAAUAGUAAUUAAAAUUGAGCAUCGUGAACGAAACUCGCGUGUCUUCCUAAGUACCGUAAAAGUAAUCGAUAAAUUUGAAACUAACGGAGAAUGUUUAGCUUCGUAUUGUUCCGAUUAUAAAGAGAAUCUUGUUAAUAUAAUCGAUUGAAAAUACAGAAUAUUAUAUUGUGUCUGAGGUACUAUAGGAUCGAUUACAAUAUUGUGUUCAUUUUUUUUUUUUUUUCGUUUAUUUUGUAAUUUAAUCCUUGCAAGGAAUAUGAUCCGAAGGAUUGUUUUGUAAAUUAUUUAUUGUUCGUUCUAAUCAGAACCGAGAUUGCUGAAAAUUAGCAAUAAUCCUAAAUAUUCGUAGGUACGAACCUCGCAAUUAUACGUGUAGAUGAAGCUUCGCGCUGAAGAAAAUGGCAAUAACAGAAAGAUACUUCCGUUUCGCUUUCUUAUACCAAUACUGUGAAUGAACUGCCUUUUAAAUUUAAUGAUAAAAGUAGAGUAAAGAAGAAAAAAAAAUAGGAAGAAGAAGAAGAACUGGCACGCGCAACUAGAUAUUUUACGAUUCUAAAAAUGUUCGUUGCCUAGAGCUAAUCGCUCUAGCAGAGUUAUAAUAUUUUCUACCGUCAAAGAGAGAUAGGGAACCGAUUUAUGAAAGUAUGGAACAGUGAUUGAAACUUAGCGAUAGUCGAUAAGAAAAAAAAAAAAAGAAGAAGAUAACCAGAAAGAGAUUCUAUCGCCCCCAACGUCUCCUCGAAUCUCGAUUAAACGAGUUUGCGAUAUAUUUACAUAUCGGUAAGGAAAGAGUCCGCCAGAAAUAUCUUGACCUCGCUACGAAUCUUGUAGGAACCACCUAUUAAUCUAGUAGUAUAUUUAUUAAAGACUUAUUUAUUGUAAACAGUUGACUCCGUGUACAUAGGUCUACGAUCAUUACUCAUCAAUCAUGCGCAUCGAUCAUGUGUUCUUCGUAUGUUGUGUCUAGUGUCUAUCCCUCGGGCAUACGAAUUCGUCAAAAAUAAUCGACAAAUCUUUCUCCUUCUCCGCCGCCUACUCGUUUCCGGAAAAUAUUUUUGCGUUCGUAUCGUAGAAAAUCGUUGACAAUGAUGUGGUGAAAACAUUCAGCGUAUAUAAUAGUAUGAUUAUAAUGUUUAAAAAUGUCUGAAAUUUCAAAUCGAUAAAUUCGAAAGGUACUCUUUACUUCGUUAAAUUGUCAAUUGACGCGACAUAAUGUUUGUAAUAUUUACAAUUGGCAAGAUGUUCUAUAUACGGCAACUACGAUUACAAUAAUAAACGAAAUAUAUACGUAUAUUUCUUGGAAUAUGCGAGUGUACUUACAUCGAUACUACGUUAGUUUGUUAUAAAACUGUAGACUAGAAAAUCAAUGUAAUACAUUGUCAGGACGCAAUAAAUGCAAUUUAUGUUUCUAAGAACACGAUCUCUCUGAAUUUUUUUCAAAAUUGAACGACAAAGACAGCACGUGAAUUCUAUAAAAUCGGGCACACCUAACUAAUACACGUUACACGCUUGAAAUACAACGUUUGACAAAGAUAAGUAACAAAUAAGAAAAAUUUGCUAAUGAUAAUAAAAAUAAGAAAAAUUUAUAGCGUAUAAAGAAGACGAUAUUCUCUGCUGAAGUAGUUUUUCGUUUAUUUCGUUACACGUGAAAUAGGAAGGAAAGAUUACACGGAAGAACUUUUGUACCAUAAUCGAGCACAAAGUCGCAGCAAUCUAGAAAAUGAAAUUUUCUUCUUGAUCCAGGUGCUGGAAGCUUAUCAACUGGGAAGCAGUUUUCCCAAGCGUAGUACCACGGUUACGCAAGCUGCCCAAUAAUAGUCGCUUCCGGCGGAACUGAAAUUGGAUCGCUUUGCUCUUAACGAACAAAGUCAGUUUAAUUUCCAUUUCCAGAUGAUAACGCACACAGCCCUCUUAUAUUUCGCUUUCCUUAAAUUACGGAAACGAAGCGGAGCAAAUACUUUCAUGCUCGGCUUUCGCGAACGUUCCAAUUAAUUCGAACAGGCGAAUUUAUGUUGGCCAAAUAAACUCCAGCUACUCGCAAUUAGCCUACAUUCUCUCGAAUCGCGAUUCUUUCAUCCUGUAAUUUAGCUCUCUAACUUUGUCCAAUCUAAUUUAACUUUAUCUUGAUAUCGCUCCCUCCUAAAUCUUCUUUUACUUAAAGCAACGUAUAUAAAAUAGCAGGCUUCCUAUUUAAAUUAGUUCCUCCAAAAUGAAGCUUAAUUUGGGAAGAAACAAAGAGAAAUUUUUAAGAGGAAACAGAGAUAAGCGUUUUGUUUGGCAAGCAGAAAGAAAAUUUUAUGCAAGCAAUUUGAAAUAUCAUUUAAACAUGCUUUGAACAUUUUUCCAAAAAUAAUAUAAACAAUAAUAAUUAUACUCGUGUGAUAAAUGACAAUAGUUGAGGAUCAGCGUAGAAAAUUUGAUUAAUAUUAUGAUAUUAAUAUUAUAUUUGAUGAAUAUUUGAUUGAAUUUUUUCUUAUUUUUUUAAUAUUUUUAAUCGUAGCAUAUUAGUUUCAUAAAAAGAGAAAAAAAAACAAAAUAGAAAUUUAUUUGAUAACAGAGACCUAUCGAAAAAGUCACAAUUUUUCGCUGCAUCGUGUCACGUUAUACAUGAACGCAAGAUAAAACCGAGCACUUUCCGUGUAAAGAAAGAAUAGCACAGACGCGAAUAUUGAUAUUUUUGGCGAAUUCCGAGCCACCGCAAUUGUAACAAAGUAUGCGUGUUUUAUUCUUUUUCUUGACGAACGAGACAAGGAGCGGUUCGUCGGGACUAGAGGUAAAAGACAAUCAUUGUAACGAUACAGCAUGCAUGGACUGUAGGAGUUUAUAACGAAAGACAAUAAAUGAAAGCGACAUUUGUAAAGUGCGAUGCGAUGAAGAUUCGACGGAAGAACAAGGGAACGUCUCUGAAAGCGAUUUCGUUUCUGUGCGCGUCAUUAAGAAAAUCCGCGUCACGUGCCGUUUCGAUUCGAACGAUACGAAUGUGCUACACAUUAUACAUUGUAAUCGUCUGGAAAAUCGCAAUAAAGAGAAGCAAAGGGAAAUACAACGAUAUCUGUAUCGAUAUAAUCGUACUCGUUUUCUUCGCGCUUAAUACGUUCGUAUACUACAUUAGGGAAACAGGCAGUAACGGAGGAAAAAGUGUAACGCAAAAAUUUAUUUGUACCAUUUCGAUUGAAUUUAAAAAGGCAGUAAAGUAUCGAUCAAUUCCAUGGAUCGAUGCCAUGGAUAUUUUCAGUCAUUUAUGCGCUCGAUCACGAUAAAUAAAUUUAUGCAAGCAUGUCGGUUACCUUGUUGACAAGUUGUACGUUAAUCACGCGCACGAAUGGUAGAAUUUGUAAAAAGUAAAACUGACAGUUUUGGUUCCAACGAUAAGGAACUCGUACGACACUCUGCUCUAGAGGAAAGACAGUAAGAUAUUCCAACUGCGACUGAACGCGGUAAAACCAUGUAAAAACCGAUUAACGUCAAUUUGCCACGAGUUGAUUAUUCGAUAGACACUGCCUUUUUUACAUGAUUGAACUAUUUAUUUUGACUAAAACAACUGACAAUACGCAGGAGAGAAAGGGCCAGGAAAGCGCAGAAAUUUUAUUAUGAACGAAAGGAAGUGGUUAUAUGGUUGUAUGAUUAUAGGCAAAGGAGAGUAGGGAGAAAAUCAUAGACGCUCAUUUUUUGUAAAUUCGUAUUUUAAAUAUCGUUUUCUGGUCGUGUAAGAUGAUCGUGGACGCUUUCGAAUUUAACGAUAAAAAGAGUAAAAUAAGUAGUUCUUCGUAUGACACGCAGUUCCAUCGAAUUAUAUAAAAACUGCGCGAUCGUCAAUCGUUGCUCGUACAGCGAUGAAUUACAGUCAGUAUUCGAGAUCUUACGAUCGUUGGAAGAAUAUUGAUUUUGCCAAAAAUUGCGCGAUGAAUAAAAAUAGGUAUGAAAGAACGAGAAGAGAUAAGGAACACGGAGAGGAUUGAUUUAGGAACAGGUCGACAACGAAACUGGUCCACCACUGCCGUUUUUACGCUCUUAUCUAAUUCUUAUAGCUUGAAAUUGCUAAGAUUAUAGAAACGAAAAAAAGGAAAGAAGGCGAAAGAGGAUGAGCGAACGAUUGCUAAAAAGCUCGAUAAGAAAGAUAGAAUAAAAGAAUUAACCCUUGCCUCCGGGGUAAAUGUUAGGACGCGAUGCGACGUUUCGUUCUGCUAUUUGAUUAAACCGCCAUUAUCGACGCUAACAUCGAAGAUCCCUUUCCGCUCUUGUCCAGUUUCCUCGUGUAUGUACAAUUUCUUUCUGUUCCUUCCAAGAACAGUGGAAGAAGCAGCUGCGAAAAGAGAGACGGGAGUAUGGAAAUUACUCGGUAUGCUCGUGCUACCUCUUGUGACGCUGAUUCGAUGGAAUAGUUUGACGAAGAAAAAAAUGCGUUUAAGAAAUUUAUCUUCUCUCUUGUUCCUUCCGUGGAGAACCCCACCAUAUGAUUCGUCGCCAUAUAAUUUUUACAAGUAAUAAAGAAAAUAUUAUCGAA